AUGAAUCCACCCGCUCUUCCGACAUCCCUCUCUCUCUCCCUCUCAAACUUCCCUGUCGGCAUCGGCCUCAUCGCCGCGGCCCACCUCGAUCUUUGUCGGCGUAAUCUCUCAUGGACAGCCGAGGAGACCCAACUGUGCGUGUUCCAUCGGACCCUUGCGAGGCUGGAGAACACGGCCCAUGUCCUCUCCAACCUGAACACCCUUACGGAGUUGACCAGCCUGGUCAACUCUUUCUUAAUGCAGUUCCCAGAGUAUCAGGCACUCGGGCGCCGAUAUGAACGCAGGAGAGGACCAAAACCACACAGGGACAGCAAGGACAAGCGAGUGGUUCACACCACCAAGCACAGCAUCAAAAAAGAGCACAAUCAAAAUGGAAGCAAGGCCAACGAGAACGUGACAAAGAAUGCGGAGGGCAAGGACGUGGCGACAAUUCCAUCGGACAAGGAAGACGCAAGUCUGGAAGAUCAUGCAGUCGUGGCCGAGGAUGAUGGACAUGCAGAGAGCUCGACAGCAGGAUCAAAGCGCCAUAGGUCGAUGCGCCAUCCCCGGCAUCCGUUGGAGACUCGUUUCGGGCGCAAGAAAACAAUAUUGGUCGAAACCACUGCCGCGAAUCUUGAGCAAUGGUCAAACACUUACAAGGCGCUACGGCAAUCACAGGAAGCGAGCAUGGAGGAACUCGUCAGUCGGGUGCGCAAGAUAGACCCUCAUCUCAUGAAUCUGCAGAACAGUUCUGCGUUUUCAUUUUUGUCGUUUGACGAAGAGCGUGAAAAGGCACUGCGAGAGCAGGACUUUGAGGACGUGGAGGGUACUGAUAAUGAUGACGAAGGUGAUGGUCAAAACACUACUCAGGCGAGUGUCGAUCGCAUUCCACGCGAAGGAAAUACUGUAGCAGGAACAGCACUAGCUGGAAGAGUGAGCUGUUUGGACGCAGAUCAACAGGCCCAAGGAAGCCAGCACGAACAGUCAUCAGAAGCAAAGACGAUCCAGCUCACGUUCGGGCCUGAUCUCGGGUCCAUGGAUCUGCGGCGGUUCUUGAACGACUCUGCUGAGAGGAGGAAGAUUCUGCGACUGGAAUUUGAAGGGAUGCGCGAUGAACUGCUGUUCUUUCGGGAAUCCCUGCUGCCCUCUCACCUCUAA